AUGGCGUCUUUACUUGGGGAUCAAGUGUUUGAAAUAAGUGGCCAGGGUCCCGCUCCAACCAAAGAUUUUUUUCAGCUGAUUGUAACGACAACAGAGGUGAUAUGGAGAUUUUGGAAAAUUUCCUUGAGGUCUGAAUUCAAAGGUUCAGCUCCUGGAGAAAAUAAGAUGACCCAUGAUGACUUUUUGCAAGAUGUCCGCAUGCAGCACCAGGUAUGUUUAGUGUUUGGGCAGCAGAUCCUACAGUACACCCAAGCACUAUGCCAAGGGAACUAUGACUACCUGGAGCGUCUGCCUAACGACCUAUUGCUCCAAAUCCUGUCCUUCCUAGAAUUGAAGGAUGUAGCACAGCUGGCACAAACCUCAAAGAUGUUCCACAAGCUCUGCAGCUCUCCAGAGUUUUGGGAACAGACUGUAAGAGGUCAUUGUGAGGAGCUCACACCUGACAUAGAGGCCCUAGCCAACGCCAUGGGCUGGAGGAAGAUAUUCUUUGCCUUCUUCAAUACCAAAGAACAACAGUAGUAUGCACAGGGAGAUAGCUAGACACUUAAACGAGCUAGUGUUGUUACUCUCAUAAUAAAGAUUACUGAAGACAUUUAUUUAUUUCUAUGCCAGUUAUACGACGUGUUUAUUUGAAUGGUGUGGUGUGUGUCUGUUUAAAAUGUACUAUUGAUUGACUGAUGUGUUAUGUAGAUUUCAGGGCUUUUUUCUCCCUGUGUGUUAUUUGAACAGUGCCAAAUUCUGUCCCUGCUUUUGUAAUG